AUGGUUAGCCCGGCAUUGAAACGAAACGCGGACCACUUCUCAGCCUCAUCGUCAGACAGCAAAAAGACCAAAAGCGCCAGUAUCACGUCCUUUUUUGGACCCCCCAAGUCGAAGACCCCCGAUGCCACACAGACAUCAGCUCCGUUUCCGCCCCGAUCGGCAUCUUUCAACAAGGACAAGUGGAUUGCGUCUCUUACAGCGGAGCAGAAGGAGCUGCUGCAGUUGGAAAUAGAUACUUUGGACGAAAGUUGGCUUGCUCAUCUCAAAGAUGAGGUUGUUACCACGGAAUUCUUGAAUCUGAAGCGCUUUCUCAAGAAGGAGAAAGAUUCCAAGGCCAAGGUCUUUCCUCCAGAAGCUGAUGUCUAUUCUUGGUCCCGACACACGCCCUUGCACAGUGUCAAAGUUGUAAUUGUUGGUCAGGAUCCGUACCACAAUGACAAUCAAGCUCACGGCUUAGCGUUCUCUGUGCGACCUCCAACUCGAGCUCCGCCAUCGCUGGUGAAUAUCUAUAAGGGAAUCAAGAAGAAUUACCCGGAAUUUCAAAUCCCGCCGAAUAAUGCUGGACUUUUAACUCCUUGGGCUGACCGGGGUGUUCUGAUGCUCAAUACCUGUCUCACAGUCCGUGCCCAUCAGGCAAAUAGCCACUCCAACAAGGGAUGGGAGAAAUUUACCCAGAAGGCAAUUGAUCUGGUUGCUCGAGUGCGCACAAACGGAGUGGUCUUUCUAGCCUGGGGCAGCCCCGCUGGAACGCGAGUGGCAAAAGUCAACCGACAGAAGCAUUGUGUACUGCAAUCAGUGCAUCCUAGUCCACUGAGUGCUCAUCGAGGAUUUUUUGACAACGGACAUUUCAAGAAAUGCAACGAUUGGCUGGCGUCGCGGUAUGGAGACGACGGAAUCAUUGACUGGAGUCUCGUACCGACCAUGAAGUCCACACCCACGCUGCCCUCAAAUAAGGAAAAUUCGUCUACAUUGGCCAAUGUUGCGUCGUCACCAAUAGCUACUCCGGGCCCAUGUCUGGAUAAAGAAGAUACCAAAUCCUGUCCUGGAGAGGACGAAUUUGAUGACGCAGACGUUCUCGAAGCUCUCGCGGAGGUGGAGGCUUAA